GGGGCCAGGGCACGGAGGGGAGAAGCAGGAAAGCUGCGCAGCCACGGAGCCCAGCUGGGCUGUCCUAGGGCGCCGCCUCUUUCCUUCCCCGCCCCCGGCCCGCGGAGCCUCCGGAGGAGCCAGAGGCGGGGCGACCUUUGCUCGGUCCCGGAGCAGCCCGGCCGCGGAGCCAGGGGUUGGCGCUCCCCGAACCCCGAGCCCUCCCGGGGGCCGCGCCGCUCUCUGCUCGCCCCUCCCACCCGGACCGGUUUGGCCCCAGCGGCCGUUUCUGGACGCCCGCACCUCGGACCGCGGUUUCGGUCACACCCGCCCGCGAGUGGUUUCGAUUGCGGACGGCGGACGGUCGGGAGGGCGGAGCGCCAGGAGCGCCAGGAGGGAGCUAGGGGCGAGCUGGAGGGAGGACCGUCCCGCAUCCCCCACCCAGAGCGGCCGGAGACAGCGGGGCGCAGGCCCCCGCCCGCGGCGGCGCCCCUGCCCACUUCGGGGCCCGAGCCCCGCGCUUCCGGGGCCGUCGGGGCCUGCGAUCGCGAGGCCGCGGGGCCGAGGAGGCGUCGGUGGGGAAGGCAGCAGGUGGAGGAGGCGCCGGUGGAGGAGGCGUCGGCGGAGAGGGCAGCAGGUGAGCGGCCCGCGGCAGCGCGGCCCGACGCCCGGCGAUGCGGACGCCGGCGGUGAUGACGCUGGGCAUGGUGCUGGCGCCCUGCGGGCUGCUGCUGACCCUGACCAGCACGCUGGCGCCCGGCUGGCGCCUGGUGAAGGGCUUCCUCGACCAGCCGCGGGACGUGGUGCUGUACCAGGGCCUGUGGGACAUAUGCCGCGAGCAGAGCAGCCGCGAGCGCGAGUGCGGCCAGGAGGACGCGCUGGGCUACUUCCAGGCCGAGCCGGUGCUGGUGGCGCGGGGACUGAUGGUCACGUCGCUGGCCGUCACCGGCCUGGGGCUGCUGCUGGCGUCGCUCGGGGUGCGCUGCUGGGAGGAUGAGCCCCACUUCGCGCUGGCCGGCGCCUCGGGCGUGGCGCUCUUCGCCGCGGGCCUCCUCAGCCUCAUCCCGGUCUCCUGGUACAACCACUUCCUGCAGGACCGCGCCGUCCUGCCCGCGCCCGCCAGCCCGGUCACGGUGGAGGUCAGCUACAGCCUGGUGCUGGGCUACCUGGGCAGCUGCCUGCUGCUGCUGGGCGGCCUCUCGCUGGCGCUCAGCUUGGCGCCCUGGUGCGAGGAGUGCUGCCGCCGCCGCCGCAAGGCGUCCCGCACCAGCCCGCGCCAACCCAGCAUCAGCACCGUGUACGUCGACUGGCCCCAGCCCGCGCUCGCGCCCGCCAUCAAGUACUACAGCGACGGCCAGCACCGGCCGCGGCCCGCCGAGGCCGGCCCCGCCGCCGCCAAGCCCAAGGUGGGCUUCCCCAUGCCGCGGCCGCCGCCCAGGACCUCCUACACCAACCCCGUGGACGUGCUCGACGGCGAAUCGGGGGCCGACUCCCAGGGCGCCUCCUCGCGCAGCACCCGGCCCUGCCAAAGCUCCCUGCCCUGCGACUCCGACCUGUAGGCGGCGCCCGCCAGCCCGGACGGAGGGCUCGCCCCGCCACCGUCCAGCUCUGAGCCGCUGGAAACAGCUGGCUGGGGGUCGGAGCCCUGGACCCCUUUCCUGUUCCUGGAGAUGGUUUGGAGGGUGAUCGUCCUUUCCUGCGGCCAAAUGGGACUCCUUGGACGGUUGAUUCAGGUUGGGUUGGGUUUUCUUUGUACAGAGGUUAGUUUUUCUCUCCAGAGGGACCAGGGGCCUCUUCCAGAGGGACAGACUUUUCCUAUUUUUAGCUGAAGGACAUGUAGCGACUUUGCAUCGUGUUGACCGGGGACAAUAACAACAACAAGUCCAAACCAGCAAAUGGAGGCUCCAAAACUAUUUGACACCUCGAAACAACAUUCCGAAGUGCCGAUGAACUUUGCAUCAAUGUAGUUAAACAUUAUUAAUUUCUUUCUGCUGUAUCAUUGCUUUUCAUGCAAACUCUCAGAGACCCGUGUGUGUCUGGCUAUGUAUGAAUGAGGCUCUUAAAAAAACCAACGCAGAGCCAUGCAGAUGCCAGCAGCGUUAGUGGCUUUUAUGGCAUGAAAUGGCCUGGUUAACCUAUAUUUACAUUUCUUUAUGUACACCUAGCAUUUACCUUUUUUUUUUUUUUUAUGACUUGUUUUUGGUGUGAAAGUUGAGGUCACACCAGCGUUUCCCUUUGAGAAGCCAAAGAAGAAUGAAAGGACUAAUGCUAUGAUGUAGUUUUCACGCUAGAGAGAGAAGUCCAGGGAUUAAACACUGGUGCAGAACGGAACAUGCUGAUCCCAUUCGGUUAAAGUACACGUGUUUAUAUAUCUCUCAUUUAUAAAUAAAAAUUGAAAGUAAGACUUUC